CUGCGAGAGACCUAUUCAUUCAGAAUGUUCCGAACUCAAUGAAUCUGAGCUAAAGGUGAUGGCCUUAAAAGGCAAACGACUACUCAAGUUUUAUUGUGACGAUUGUCUUUUGGGAAUUAGGCUGGUUCCAAAAUUAAAUCAAAAAGUUGAUAAUUUGAUAGAGGAACUGGAGAAGCUGAAAAAGGAAUCUCCUCCUCCUGCACAGUCUUCAUCACAAUCGAGUAUGAGGAGGUUCUUCAAGAAAUUGAAGAGCGGAACCGUAGGAAACAGAAUAUUAUUAUUUUUGGACUUACUGAAGAUCAAAGUAGGACAAAGCAGGAACAGAAUAGCUCAUGAUACUCAAGAGGUUAAAAGUAUAUUGCAGACCCUUUCUACAGAAAUUGAUACCAAUGUCAGACUCUUCAGGCUGGGAAAGUUUGAUCCCACAAGGAUAGGCCUAGGCCGGUAA